GUUGAAAACGGGUGACUACUGGUGUUGACGGCGCAGGGCAUGCGACUAAGUAUUUGUGAGAAAAUUCUGGAUCAGGAAAAUCCUGUUCAUGAUUCCUCGAUUUGUAUUUGGAAUGGCAGCGAAUUUAUGGUGGUGCGCAAAUGGAGCACCACCUGGAGCCCUGACAACAAAUUUUAUACAUUCCAAACAUGACCCAUCGCACAUAAACCACAAUCUUGACGAUAAACUAUAACCGGCGCACCAUGGAAGUUCCGAACCCAAAUCGUAUCCUCGUGCUUGGCUCUCCAGGUUGCGAUGCUCUAAAACUCGUCCGAGACCUGACCGGGUCCGCGCCAACGCCAAUCGACGAAUCCAUCGCCGGAUUGAUCCAUACCUGGUCUCUUUCGACGAAGUACUACACGGCCGAGAUCCCCCUCUGGAUCGACCAAAUCUCAGACCUGGACGCUUGGAAAGAUGAUUUCCUCAGCGCGGAAGCCCAGGAAGUGAUCCAGGCCCUCGGCGGGUGGAUAUACUGCUUCGCCAAACCGGUCGACGACGGCGAGCUGGAGAAGAUCAAAACCGCGCUCGGCGCCUUCUCGCAGGUGAUUCGGAAUGCUUCAGAGGGGACUCUGGAGAUGGUUCAAGUCGCGGUCGCGAUGCCACAGUCACACACACCGCAGCUGAACGUUGACGGGGACACGUGGGAUGAUAUUUGCCAGGAGCAUGGAUUUGAAUUUGUCGACGUGGAAUCUACGGGGCGAAACCAGUAUGGAGAACUCACUGGCGUGCCUCGUUUGCGCGAGGCUCUGGAGGCAAAUGACUGGGCUGGCGUAGAUCCUGAUGACGACCUCACACUCCAGGAUGAUGCGGAUGAGGUCGAAGCGGAUGACAUGUCGCCAUUCACUGGGCAAAGAAGCGAACUGAUGGAAGCCUUGAGCUCUCUUCGCGGCGAUGCUGACGAGGAUAAUGGCGGCACGGAGCAGGAUCAGGUAGAGCAACUAGAGAAGAUGAUGCGGAAGAUAACAGCGCUCCGAGAUACCCACGGAAGCAUACCAGAGGCCCAGCGCAAAAAGCUAGCCGGAGAUGUCGCCAACGACCUCUUCAAGUCACUCGACUAGCUCCAACAAUUCAUGAGACGGCGAGAGCCUGAAUUCCAUUC